AUGGCUCUCCCACCUGUCCAGCUCGUCCGCUCUAGCGCGCUCCAGAUCGAUGCCGACACCCCGUGCGUCCUCGAGAUGCAUGUCCCCAUCACCCUCCCCCACCAGCUCGACCCUUCCAUGCCCGCGCCGCCCUACCACUUGGCCAUGGGGGCCGAAGACGGCCUCAGCUCCUAUGCCAGGCCUGUGCUGCGGCGGCUGAUGGCGGAGAUCGUCUCCCGCCUCUUUGGCCCCGAGCACGCCGCCGAGGCUCUCAAGGCCCCCGACCGGGCCCUGCCUACCCCUGGCGCUCACUACCUCCGCCUCGUCAGCGACUUCGACUUAUAUAUCAUUGUCGAUAGGAAGAAUGGAUUCAAUCUUGCCGCUGGAUACUGGAAGGAUCAAUACGGCGAGGAGGGCCACGGUCCGAUUGACGCCUACGUGGAGGAUAUAGGGGAUAAGAUUAUUGUCCUCCGCGGAUUUGUACUGUACCUUAUCCGCGGGGUGCGGGAUGCAACGGAGCUGGUCGAGAUGAACCCCAGAGUCCUUCGCUUUGACCUGGUGGGAGAGGGAGAGGGAGAGGGAGAGGGAGAGGGCCGCGGCGCGCCGGGACACGAACUUGUGUUCGGUGUCAAGGAGUAUACCGAAUUCGAACGGGGCUGCGAUAUCCCCGAAGGACUGGCUCCCCUCAUGGGCGUUGGGGAUUUGGUUGUUACUCCUUGCCAGAGGCUCUAA